AUGGCAUACACGCAAGACCAACUAGACCGGUACCUCCAACACAUCAACUACCCUCGCUCCCAACACCCCCACGAUGCCCUCCAACGCCUCAAGCAGCUCACAGCCCGCCAAAUCUCCGCCGUGCCCUUCGAGUCCUUCGCCCUACACUACUCGCAGCACAAGCUCCUCUCUCUCGACCCCGAGGCCCUGUAUGAAAAGAUUGUUGUCCACGGCAAGGGCGGCUACUGCAUGGAGCUGAAUGCCUUUUUUGGAGGCAUCCUCCGCGCAUUGGGGUAUCAACUCGUGAAUGCGGGCGGUAGGGUAAAAACACCCGCCGGAUGGACAGGAUGGAGCCACAUGGUCAACAUCGUCACCAUAGACAACGUCAAAUACAACGUAGACGUCGGCUUCGGCACCUGGGAGCCCAUGCAGCCCAUCCCCCUACAGGACAACCACACAUUCACCCAGAUAGCCCCACGGCUCGGCAAGCUCGAAUACAGAAGCAUAUCGCAGCACAGCGACCCCUCGCAGCGAGUGUGGGUGUAUUCCACGCAGGAGGACCCCUCUGCGCCGUGGGAAGAGCGCAACAUGUUUGUGGAGACGGAGUUCUUCCAGGCCGACUACGAGGCCAUGAACCUGAGCACCAUGUCUGCGCCGACGAGUUUCUUCGUCCAGAAUGUGAUUGGCAUGAGGGGGAUUUUGGACGAGGACGCGGGUACGGUGGAUGGGGUGUAUACCUUGUUUGGGAAUAAGGUCAAGCGGCAUAUGAGGAAUGCGGAGGCGGAGGUUGUUGCUGAGUUGGAGACUGAGGACGAGAGGGUGCGCGCGAUUGAGGAGUAUUUCGGCGUCAGGUUGAGUGCCUUGGAGAGGCGGGGGAUAAGGGGGUUGGCGACUGAGUUGAAGCCCAAGCCUAACAUGGGGUAG